AUGAAGUUGUCCGUCUGCGCCGUCGCUCUCUCUCUCGUUCUCUCCGUCUCCGCCCGGCCGCGGUACUACGCUCGUGCCGACUUCACGCUCCAGAACGGCCAGGAUGCCAUUGCCCAAAACGCGCAGUUCGCUACCCUGACCGCGUCCUCUCCCUGUACCUCGGGUCAGAAUGCCUGUGUGAACAACGAGUUUGCCCAGUGCGUGAACGGGCGGUUCGUUCUUCAGCCCUGCGCCGCCAGCGAGGUCUGCGCUGCUCUUCCCCUGGUCAACUCUGCUGGAACAAGCGUUACUUGCACUACUGCUGCUGACCGUGACGCUCGCAUUGCUGCCACUGGCGCCACCAGUGCGGCUUCCUCUGCGGCGGCUGCUCCUCCGGCGUCUUCGGCCGCAGCGUCUUCCGCGGCGGCUGCUCCCCCUGCAUCCUCGGCUGCUGCUUCCAGCACUGCUGCCGCUGGUAACAACGCAGCCAACGGCACGGCGGCAACUGGCGGCACCGAAGACGCUCAAGCGGCUCAGACCUCGACCACUCUGCUCAGCUCUGUUAUCGCCACCGGCUUCGCGCAAGACGGCCAGUCAACUCCCUCCCCCGGCCAGGUCGCCUCGAAGACCUCGACCAACAACUUCAUCAACUUCUGUGCUCUCAGCCCCCAGCUCGCGAUCACAAACGGUCUCCAGGUCGCCGCCGGGUCGUGCAACCCGGCGCCGAUGGGCAUCAUCGCCUCCUCGGACAACAUGCCGUCGUCCAAGUUCCUGAGCCCGAAGAACGGAGCGACGGUCGCGGCGAACACGAACUUCACCAUCCAGAUGAACGUCCUCCACCUCGACACCGGCAGCUUCGUCAACCCGGACACGAACUACUUUGCCGCGCCCCAGUUCACCAACGCCGCGGGGGACAUCACCGGCCACUCGCACGUCGUGAUCGAGGCGCUCCCCGCGCUCGACUCGACGACGCCGACGAACCCGAAGACGGGCUUCAAAUUCUUCAAGGGCCUCAACGCGCCCGCCUCUGGGGGUGUGCUCAACGUCGAGGUCGGCGGCGGGCUCCCGGCCGGGUUCUACCGCCUCGCGUCGAUCAACACCGCGGCGAACCACCAGCCGGCGCUCGUCGCAGUCGCCCAGCACGGUGCUCUAGAUGACAUGAUCUAG